AUGGCCUGCACAGUCACUGUGCCAUUCUGGCCUGUCUCCUAUGACAAUGUACACUGGUCCAAGGACAAUCAGAUUGCCGUACUCGGAGGCGAGCACGUUCUCAUCGUCACACCACGUCUAAAGGAGCCCUCUCCCGGCCGCUUAUGGUGGGACACGGAGAAUCUCAUCAGGAUCAAUGCCUUCAUGAUUGCCGAGUGCCCGCGAGCGCCUGCCUUGACAGAUCGCCACCUGUCGAUAGGUGAAGAACUCUCAAUCUUUCAAGGUCAAGCCGCAGCGUGGUCGCCUUCUGGCCUUACGAGAUUUCGUGGGAGCGCACUUGCUGUGCUGACGAGUAAUCAUGUUCUGAGUCUGUGGGCCCACGAAGCGGAGGCCAAGGAGACCCCGGCGUGGAAAAGAACUCUUGUGAUCAAUUGGGCUGUUCGCAAGUUCUACCAAGACCUCAACGCCGCUACGCCAGACAGCGCAUUAGAUGAGCGGGAGCUCGAAGAGCGAUUGCAGAUACAGCAAAGGAUUCACUCAUUCUCAUGGAUACAGCCAUGCUACAAUAACCUGGAGCGACCAUACCCAGAUCUUUUCCCAGGACAACAGUAUCUCGUGGUUGCGACCGAAGGUGGCCACUUGUUGCUUGUGCGAAUUGUUUCUCCAUCCACUCAUCAAUUGAACAACCAGAAGAGCUGGCAGGCGAUUGUGUCCGGGAGUCUGGCAAUCGAACGUGCUACUAACUUGGUCAGCAAUGACACUGCUCACACAACGCGGCCGACGACUUUGUUUCCUCCAAUUUCCGAUGAUGAUUACAUUGCAGCUCAAGCCCUCGCAGUCGGCGAGUGGCAAUCGGUUGGAAACGAUGGUGAACGCAUUGCGGCUUUGGCGUACAUCGUAAAAGGCAUGCUGUUCACCACUGUACUUACACAUGAUGCGAAUGGCUCAGCAUCGUUUGGCCCUUCCGAAUCUGUGCAAAGAUUACUCCACCAACGCUCCGAUCUGGUGGGCCCUUUGAAGAUCACUCAAGGAAUAGACGCAGGCUCUGUCGUUCUAUUCGGGCUGGACACCGUUUUUCAUGGACAGCUCGUUCUUGACAAAGACACACGCACCGUCCGAUGCGACUUUCAAGAUCGCCACCUCGAUGACAGAUGGGAUGAUGUGACAGCUACGGCGAUCACGAGCGGCGCCGAUGGGGAAGCGCGCCUGCAUAUCCUCUCCCAUCUGUCAAGUUUGACGUCGCCAACAUAUGCCCUGAAGCUGCCGAUAGCCCCAGAAGCUAGCGCCACUGAGCAGCCAGCAUGGCAUCAAGCUUUGGAGAACUCCAAGGCAGCUUUUGGAGCUACUUACGAUCUCGGAGACCGUGUGCAGGAGCGAACUUGGGGGAUCGCGUGCGCUCCCGUCGGCGAAUACACAGCUACCUGUGCUAGCAUGCACCCAAACGAUGUUGUUGCGUACAUCAUCAAUGCCGAACAGGCGUCGUUGCUGAAUAUCACGAUCGAAUCAGAGACGCAUGGGGACCCGUUGGAGCUGAGUGCUGACGUGCUUGGCAUCUUCGAUGGCCUAUCGACAAGCACAGUCUUAUUUUUCCUGAAACGGCACCUGGAGCGCAGCGCCGAAUCGGAUAUCCCAGUGGAAAUCUCGAGCGAGGGCCUGGUCAAGGACGUGAAAGGUUUGCUAUCACCCAAAGUCAGCACAGGUCGCGGUCAACAAUCACAAGACGGCGAUAGUCUUGAUGCGCUGCUGUCGCAGGCAAGAAUCCGGAUUUUUGCAGACCAAGAAGUGCGACACGCUCACGCGCAAAGAAUUUGCGACUUGGCCGCAGAGAGCAACACAGUUCGACCCGAUUGUAUCAUCACUAUAGUCAGACAAGUUGCGGAAGUCCUGUUCGACUCAUCCCAGGAGCAACUUCACAUUGGUACCCUCAGUCUGUGCAUGCGAAGGAUCUAUGACAUGGCGUUGUCUAAGCUGGACAAGGACUAUCUAUUGGGCGACACCGAGCCCUCGGCGAGGGGAUGGAACGAACAGUGCAAGAUAUGCCAGCAGCCAAUAGUCUUUGAGAACUUCAAGUGGGCGAGGUGUCAGCAAGGACACCAGUUCAGCAGAUGUGCGCUUUCGCUCCUAGCGAUCCAGGAGCCCGGAACGACCAAGCACUGCAGUGUAUGCGACCUGCAAUACUUCGAUGAAACAAUCGCUCCAGACUUUCAGUUGGACGAUCAUGACAUAGAGAUGGCCGAUGUUCUGGAAGGGGAAGUUUCUUCGACUACUCCAGCCAAUGAUGGGUGGGUCAAGAUUUCACAAAGUGGAGAUGCUACUGCACGACCUAAGACCACCCUGGCAAGACUCCUCUUUGCAGCAUGCGACGUGUGCAUAUAUUGCGGCGGCAAGUUUGAGGAUUGA